GUGCCAACAACGCCUACGUGGAGGGCCUCCCCCCGGGCUUCACCUGGGGUCAGUUGAAGGACCUGUGCAGAGACGCAGGCUUCGACCAGGUGAAGGCCGACACCACCCCCGACGGCCGGGGCUCCCUGUUCAGCAGGGACGCGGGCCUGAUCGCCGCCCUCGUGGGCGCGCUGGACGGCGUGGUCGUGGAGGGGAGGACCAUCACCGUCUUCGCGGACGGCGCCGUGCCCCCGCCGCGGCCCAGCUCCGCCCGCGGCCCUGGCCCCACCAUCCGGACCGGCGGCGGCAGCGGGCCGCGGCCGCGCACGCCGCCGCGGCGAGACCAGGACGGCGACCGCGACGACGGCUCCACGGGGUCGAGAAAGGUGAUGCUGUCCAGAUUGCCGAGCAAGUGCACGUGGCAGAUACUCAAGGACGUGUGUCGGGACAAAGGCCUCUCGGUGGAGCACACGGAGGUCACCUCGCGCGACACAGGGUUCGUCGAGCUCACCACCGUCCGCGAGGCGCGCCGCGCCUUGGUGAUGAUGGACAACACUGAGAUCUUCGGGCACCGCAUCCGCGCACACCUGGAGGGCAGCCUACCGCCCUCGCGCAGGGAGGAGGGCAGAGGCGACGCCGGCCGCCACGCAGUGCCAUCCCGCCAGGAGGAGCCGCAAGGCGACCGCCGGCCGCUGCCCUCUCGCCGGGAGGAGCCGCCAG